AUGUCUAACGAUCACGAUAAUCAAAAUGAUGAUAGCCAAAACUAUGACGAUAGUCAAUGUGAUGGCGGUUCCCAGGAAGAGGAGGAGAAUGGCUCACAAAAUGAUCAAGAUCAAGAUGAUGAUGUAAAUAAUGAGGAAAAUGAUGACAACAAUGGUGACGGCGGUGAUGACAACAACGGCGGAGAAGAUGGACCAAAAUAUGUACGUUUACGUGGUCUUCCAUGGUCGGCAACACACAAAGAAAUCUUAGAUUUCCUAAAGGAUGUUACGGUGGUUGGUGGCGCCGAGGGUAUUCACUUGAUAACAAGCCGCUGGGAUGGUAAAAAUACCGGUGAGGCUUACGUAGAAGUUGAAACUCAACAAGAUGUUAAUGCAGCAUUGAAAUUGAACAAUGCCUCAAUGGGUCAUCGUUAUAUUGAAGUUUUCAAUGCCGAAGCCUCUGAGGCCAAGGAAGCCAUGCGUAAAACCACCAAUCAUGGCAACUCAUUUGUUGUAAAGCUUCGUGGCCUACCAUACUCUGUAACCGAACAACAAAUUGAGGAAUUCUUCAGCGGGUUGGAAAUCAAGGCGGAUCGGGAGGGCAUUGUAUUCGUUGUGGACAGACGGGGUCGUGCUACAGGGGAAGCAUUUGUUCAGUUUGAAAGCCAGGAUGAUACUGAACAAGCCUUGGGACAUAAUCGGGAAAAAAUUGGGCACAGGUAUAUUGAGAUAUUCCGCAGUUCUAUUGCUGAAUUGAAACGUACUGUAAGCGGCAAUGGCCGUAUGGCACCAUAUGAUUUAAAGGAUCGUGGCAGCAAUCGUGGUGGUAAUAACGAUUUUGGCGGCAAUAAUCGCAAUCGUGGUGGUUGGGGUAAUGGUGGCGGCUUUGGAUCCGGCGCCAAUAAUACCCUCGGCUUUAAUAAUUUACCAAACUUCGGCAAUAAUGGCAAUUUCGGAAAUAAUGGUAAUUUUGGUAAUUUCGGAAAUAAUGGCAACUUUGGAAAUGGAGGAGGUGGUGGUGGCGGCCGCAACUUUGGUAAUUUCGGUAACAGCGGCAAUUUCGGCAACAGCGGUAAUUUCGGUAACAGCGGAAACUUUGGCAACAACGGCAAUUUUGGAAACAAUGGCAAUUUCGGCAAUAACUCCGGCGGUGGUGGUGGCGGCGGUAGUGGCUUCAACCGUUUCGGUGGUAAUAACGAUUUUGGCGAUUUCAAUAACUUUGGCAAUAAUCGCGGCGGCGGUGGUGGCCCCAACAAUAACGGUGGCAAUUUUGGUAAUUUUGGCAACUUUGGAAAUUUCGGAGGCGGUAACAAUGGCGGUAGCGGCGGUUUUGGCAGUGGCAAUAAUAUGGGAGGUGGUGGCGGUGGAAACUUUGGUCCCAUUGGUGGUGGCCGCGGUGAUGAUUUGUAUGUGGUACAUAUGCGCGGUUUACCAUUCAGUUCAUAUGAAAAUGAUGUCUUCAAGUUCUUUGAACCUUUACGUCCAGCCAAUGUCCGUAUUAUUUACAAUGACAAGAAUCGCCAUAGCGGCACAGCCGAAGCAUGCUUUGAAAGCUAUGAAGAUGCCCAGCGUGCAAUGAAACGUGAUCGCCAGCAAAUGGGUUCCCGCUAUAUUGAAUUGUUCUUCAAUGGCAAGAAGAACUCUGGUGGCGGCGGUGGUAUGGGUGGUAGUGGCGGCGGUAUGGGUGGCGGUAUUGGUGGCAACAGUUAUAGUGGCCCCCCAAUUGGUAAUAACUACAGUUCGGGUGGUAGCAUUGGUGUCGGUGGUGGUGGUGGCAGUAACAAUUUCUUCCAAAGACGCAUCUAA